AUGAAGUUCAUGAAAGUUGGCCGUGUGGCCAUCAUUACCCGUGGCCGCUACGCCGGUAAGAAGGUCGUCAUUGUCCAGCCUAACGACUCUGGCUCCAAGGCGCACCCCUUCCCUUACGCCAUCGUUGCCGGUAUCGAGCGCUACCCCCUGAAGGUCACCCGCCGUAUGGGCAAGAAGCUCGUCGACCGCCGCAGCCGCAUCAAGCCCUUCAUCAAGGUCGUCAACUACAACCACUUGAUGCCCACUCGCUACACUCUCGAGCUUGAGGGCCUCAAGGGUGCCGUUUCCAACGACACUUUCAAGGAGGUUUCUCAGCGUGAGGACGCCAAGAAGACUGUCAAGAAGGCUCUUGAGGACCGCUACACCUCCGGCAAGAACCGCUGGUUCUUCACUCCUCUGCUCCUUGUGAUCGAUCCGGUCGAUAUGAACGAUGUGGUCAAGCCGGCCGGUCCUUUGCCAUGA